GCAUAUGGCUGUUCAUGUCUGAGAUGCCUUAUGGCACAUUAUCCAGCUCCAUGCUGUGGAAGAUCUUCUACAAUAUGCAAUGUGCAGAGAUGGACGGUCUGGAGAAGCUAAGCUGUAGCCUGAGUGCUGAGGACUGUAUCCAGGGGCUCAGAGAACCAAGUCAUCAGGAGAAGUUUCAGUGCUGGCUGUCGGAAAUAAACAGCUCAGAUGGAAUCUGCCUGUUGACAACAUUUGCACAUAUGGCCCAGCCCAGACGUACCGACAUAGACCCUGAAUUUGUCAGGAACAUAGUGCUAGAGAUUUACGAGGUGUCCUAUGUUAGUAUCGCCACCCGUGAAAUCUUUUCUAAAGUUGGGCGUGAGUUGCUUGCUGCUAUAGCGACUGCCCACCCUCACAUCAUCUCUGUGCUGUUGGACAGAUUGAGAAAGACCAUAGAGAAAGUGGGCAUGGUAUCACUGUACCUUUUCAAGGAGUUGCCCCUGCACUUGUGGACUCCAGCUCGAGCUGAGGUGGGGUUGAUCCGAGAUUGGCUGUUAAACUUCAGUCUCACUGCUGUGGAGAACAGAUUAGCCUGCAUCAUACUAGAGGGCCUCAACUGGGGAUUUCAGCCUAAUGGUUGCCUCAUUUUACCAGCAUCUUUGCAUAGUGAAGUCGCACUUUUGGUGAUUGAGGCAUAUCAAAAUUAUCUCACAGACAAACCAUAUAGUGGAAUCCUCUCAGAAGGCAUCAAACAGGUGUCUUACCUGGCUAACAUGGUGCGGCUCGGCCAGACUCCAGAAUCCUCCUUUAACCAGUGGGCCUGGGAUCUGGUUCUUAGGCUAAAGCUCCAUAUCAAUAAAAUAAGUCCUCAGGAUGCCUGGUGCCCUCGUCUCUCCUCCAGCGCUCCCAUUGUGCCUGAGAUCACAGACUCUCCCACCAUGCACCCAGUGUUCAAAGCAGUCAAAGCGGGCAUACCCAUCGGCUGUUUUCUGGCUAUUGACAUGACCACCAUCGGGCACAGUUUGGAGAAGUUCUGCAGUGAUGGAAUUUCUCUUCUGAAGACUAUGGUUCAGUCCCGUCAUCUCAAAGCUGUAGUGCACAUACUGGAAAACAUUCUUCCUCUGGUCUACCACUGCCAGUUCUACCUGCUCAAAAAUGAACAGUUUCUGAGCUGUAUCCAGCUCUUCUUGCAGCUGGAUAGUGGGACACAGGGUGUGACCCAGCAGGUUACACAGAAGGUGGCCCAGCAUCUGAUUGGCACCUCUACAUGUGAGAACAUCAAACUCCUUAACAGUGUGAUCCAGGCUCAUAUUCUGGAGAGCUCCAGGCCCGGGUGCGUUGGUGCAGUAGCUGUUCUUGAGUUCUGGCUUCAGGUUUUGACAGAACAGAACCUCUGGUAUCGAGACAAAGCUGUUCUCUGCCUUCUGGACCACCUGUGCCGUGCUGCAUUUCUUCACCAACAAGAGGAAUGUCUCCAGAAACUUCUCUACCAACAACAUAAGAGUGCUUUAGGUUUCCAUGGAGACAAGGGUUUGCUGUCAUCUCUUAUGGGCUGGAUAGUGGCAGGAAAUAUCACUCCAUCCUUCAUUGAGGGCAGUUCUCUCACAGGGGAGGUGUGGUUUGCUUGGUUGGUCCUCAACAUGGAGACAAUGUUCGAGGAAGACUCUCAGCUGCGACGCUGUGUGGAGCAUGAGCUCCUCUCGAACCCUGCUUACACACCAGAUCAGGCUCUGAAGAAAGCCCAGGUGCGCCUUAAGCUUCAGGUCGUCCCGUCCCUACAGAGACUGAUGAUUUAUCGCUGGGCUCAACAAGCUUUAGCUACCCCUGCAGAUCAUCCACUCCUGCCUUUGGUGUGGCAGAAAUUUUUCCAACUUUACCUCUGUCAGCCUGGACCAGAGUUUGGGCUGGAGGUGAAAGGUUGUAUUGGAAGGCGUUACUUCCAUAGUGCGGCCCAUCUAUCCUUGUUAAAAAGCCUCAGACAGCGGCUUGUUGAAGUGUCUGACUUCCACCACGCUGCAAGCAAGGCUUUGAAAGUGCCCUGCUCAAGCGGUGAAGCCAGUGAUGGUCUGCUCACCCCAGGGACGCCCAUCACCCAGUACAUGACCUCUCCUGAGCUGCACACUGAGCUCGUGCGGCUCUUCACUGUGUUUGCUUUGUGGUUGGAUGAUGAAAACCUUCAGAAGCAAGAAAUGUAUUUGCCUUCUUUGCCAAAGCAGUAUGACACCCAUCGCCUAGCAAAAAUCAUGCAGCGCCAGCAGGAGGUGUGGAUGGAGCAUGUGGACAUUGAGCGAGUCCAGUAUGAGCUGCAGGAAGUGCUCAGUCUGUGGUCAAAGGUCAAGAGUGAACCUGCACCCUCCCAGAACACCAGCUUCUCCAUCUUCACUGACUUCAUCAAUCCUCUGGCUGCAAGGCAGCGUAUUCUCACUCAUCUGAGAAAGCAUGAUGCCCCCCAGGGGGCGCUGUUACUUGUGCCAAUGAAGGCUCCAGUGCCUGAUAUUCCCACUAAGAGUCUGUCUGAUGAGAAAAUCUCCACUGCCUUAAUUCAGGAAGACCUUGCUAAGCUCCAGCAUCAAGCCAAGUUGGCAACGGUCCGGGAAACACAGCAGGUCGCUCUAGACAGUGAACUGCUGGAGGUGUUGCCGCAGCUCUACAUAAACCGAGAAGACCAACUUUCAAUGCAGUUAGAGUGCCGUGGCAAAGGUGGACAGCCCUGCCAGGGUCCCGCACAUGUCACUGUAAAGUACUCAAGACUGCACAAAUUGGAUCCAGUGCAGAAUCAGAUCCAAUGCCUGAAGAGUGAUAUUAAACAGCUACAGGUUGAUGGAGUCAAAGCUCCUCCUCAAAGUCUGGCUGAGGCGGCCGUGCACACAGAGAACUUCAUCACGGCCUUGGUUAAUGCUUACAAACUAAAUCCUUCCCCUGGCAUACUGAAGGUGGGCAUCACUGCUUUCUAUCAGAUAGUGUCAUUUGUGUGUGAGGAUACACAGAGACAUCCACCCACCCGGCAAUUUUUCACAUCCUGUAUAGAGAUCCUUGGUCAGGUCUUCAUCCGGGAUGUCCGAUCAGAAUGUAAACAAAUGCUGAAGACCAUCCUGCUCAACAGACACCUCUGUAACCUUCUCUCACCCUACUUCACCCCAAACGCCUCUCCUGCAGAGCUGGUCUCUCUGUACGAGGAAGUGGUCAACACCCUUCACAUAGACAGUGGUGAUGUCAUAUUCAUGCUCCUCACAAAAUUUGACUUGACUGAGUGGCUGUCGGUGCCGCAGCCUCAGUUCUCUGAGCGUAGCCGAUUGAUGGAAAUAAUCCAUCAGGCUCUGUGCACCUGUGGGCUGGAACCUGAGCCAGAAGUCCUCAUGCCCUUCAACAUCUUCUGCAAGCAUUGGACAGAACUGCUGCUUUACCAAUUUCCAGACCACUACAGUGACUUCCUUCGUCUGCUCAUGCAGAGCUCUUCUAAACAGCUUCUCAGUCCAGACUGUUGGAGAACAUCACUAAGAGUGCUGGGCUGUUCUCCUCAUCCCAUGAUAAAGAAAAACAAAACCCGCUCCAUCCUGCUCUCCCCUCAACAGGCGGAUGAAACAAUCGAAUGGCUCUCAAAGUACUUCCUGAAGCUCCGUCUGUCUAACGGGGACUUCAGGAGCUUUGGUCUCCUCUCAAAAUGGGGGCCGUACAUUGAGGAAGUCAAGAGGUUUUGGGAAGAUUUGAUUACCUACGUCAUGGAUCUGGAGCUAAACAAUUGCAGCAAAGAACCAGUAGGAAGUCCAAGACUGGUCAAAGCUCUUGAGAACCUGCAUGCAAAAAUGGCCAAACUGUUUGAACCGUGGAUUCUGGUCCUUGACACUGACAACACUAGUCAUCCUCGCUGUUCUCCAUGGCUUGAAUCAGAUGCCGCAGCUGCAGCGAGCUUAGUGAGCUUAUAUGCACGCUUGAUGGAGACUAUGCAUGAGAAAUUUAAAGAUCGCUUGUUGCCAGGACAAAGAGGAGCUCUGUGGUUUCAUCUCAUGCAUUACUGUGAGACCUGCACCUCUCCCAAGAUGCCAGAGUACCUGCUGUACACCUACCACACUGAGUACAGCCGUUUGCCAUGGAAGGACCUGCAUCCAGAUCAGACACUAAUGAAUCAUUUUUUUAAUGUCGAGAGGGGAAGCCCAAAGAGUUGUUUCCUGUUUAUGGGAGAGCUGCUGUGUGAGGUGAACUGGGUCAGUGUACUGAGUGACUCUCUCAGCCCACAGCUAAGCCCCUCAGCUCAGACGAUGGUGGUCUCUGUCCUCUAUCUGAUGGUGUUUCUGGCCAAAGAGGAUCUCAGCAAACCUGAGUCUUCUGUUCUCAGUCUCCUGGAUCAAUCAGCUUCUCUGCCUUGGCACCUAGUAGAUUUUCCUUCUUAUCAAAAUGUUACACGCUAUGUCAGCACACAUUACCCAGCAUCCCUUGUUCUGAGCCAUGAUACUUCUUCACAACACGUCAUCAAAUUGCUUAGAAUGGCUGCUGGAUUUGGGACGAAAACACAAAUGUUGCAUCACAAGGACAUGACUUUAAAGUGCCAAGCCUUCCUUCACUUAAUGGUGCAGUUCCUGACUUCUCUGGAUCAGAAUGGGAACAUCAGUCUGGCAUCUCUGGAGACAGAAAUGGAGAAAUUACUGGAGUACAUUGUCAUUUUCAACCCUCCUGAGACAGACCUCCAGCAGCGGCACAUGGCCACCUGCAGUCUGUUUGCGGAGAUGCUGACUCUGCUGAAUGAAGCUGGCAUAUCUACAGCAGAGGGACUCGGGACUAAACUCCACUCCUGGGUGGAAAAGCGAGCUCGGGGUCCUUUGGUUCUCCCCCUGCUAACCGCUGCAUGCAGAUGCUUGGCCUCAGUGCGUCAUAUGACACGAACCACUGAGGCCUGUAUUCUCUCCUACUUCACUGAUGGUGGAUGUGCUGAUCAAUACUCUGGUUGGGGGCCCAUCCUUGUCUCUCUUCAGGUUCCUGAACUGACUGUUGAGGACUUCAUUCAGGAAAGCCUGAACCUGGGCAGUUAUCUCACCCUGUACGUCUACAUCCUCCAGAGGCUGAACCUGGAGCAAACCCUCCUGAAUGAGAAGAAGACCUUAGUGCGGCUCAGCUCAUGGAUCAGCCAGGUCUUCCCUAGUGGUCCACCUGAUGAGGCAAAGCUGUUUUUAUGGUGGCAUAAAUUGUUGGAGCUUCUGCAGAUCCAGGUGGAUCAAGAUGACACCUGCGCACUUGAUACUCUGAUUCUCACCUUAAUAGCAUUCCAGAACCGUCUAGCCCAGCUCAGUGAGGAAAGACUGAACUCAGGCAUCUUGGGAGCCAUAGGCCUUGGGAGGAAAUCCCCACUUUCUAGCAGGUUUCGGGUUGUGGCGCGCAGCAUGUCAGCAUUUCUGCUGGUCCAGGUGCCCUCAGAGAAUCAGCUGCGUCUUCAUCCAGGCACCGAGCUGCAGCUCUCAGCUAAAGCCCAACAGGCCUUAUCGGUACUGGAGCAGAUGCCGAGUAAUAAGCAGUAUUCAGAGCUGCAUGUGUCUGUGAACCAGGCCAUUCAGUUCAUCAAGUACCCAGAUCAUGGCCUGCGUGACAGCAACCGUCUUUUGACCCUGCUAGUCAAUGCACUCUACACUGACCUUAAUUACCUAGACAUCAUCCGUUAGCCAUAACCUCAAAACAAGAGUCGACUCCUGCUGUCAAGCUCUGUGAAGCCCACCAAAAACUACUGGAGAACGGAUCUAACUCCAGGUGAGAUGAAGCUGUUUUCUGGGAAAGGACAGAAUUGGGAGGAAUGCAUUAAAUCAUGGGUUUAGACACUGAAGCAGUGGUCAUUUUUUAAACUGUGCAUAAGGUUAUAAAACGGUUACACUAAUUUUCUUUUUUCUCACAGUAAUAUCACAGUUUUCCCUCUUUUUUCUU